AUGAUCGCUUACAUUUCUUUCGCUAGUGCUCUUACUUUCGUUGCAGUCACGCAGUCGUACACUCGUCCUCCACAUCUCGUUGACUUGGGCUAUGCAAAGCACGUUCCGACAUGGACUAACAUCACCCCCGCCGGCACCGAGUUGCUGAACUACAACAACAUUCGCUACGCGCAAACUCCAUAUGGGGAGCUCCGCUUCCGAAAGCCAAAGACACCACCUAGCUAUGAGCGUGGAUAUCAGAAUGGCGAUCGUACUUCCUGGGUGACAGAUUGCAUCUCCUCCGCGCAUCCUGGCGUGCCUUUUCCGCUCAUCAACGGAUCGACCUGGGGCUCCGAAGAUUGCCUCUUCCUGAAUGUGAUCAAGCCGAAGAACGCAAAAGAAGGCGAUAAGCUCCCCGUGCUGCACUGGGUUGUGGGAUCUGCAUAUUCUUUUGGCGGUAAAGACUGGACUGGGUUCGGCAUGAAUACGUACGGGCUCUUUAACCGGCCGAUGAACUUGACCGAUCAAUUCAUCAUUGUCACACACAACUACCGACUUGGGACCCUUGGGUGGCUGCCGAAAUUGGAGGAUGACAUGAACGGCAACGUUGGGGUUUGGGACACACUUUCAGCCAUUAAAUGGACCAAAGAACAUAUUCAUAAGUUCGGCGGCGAUGCCAAUCGCAUCACUGCCAUUGGACAAAGCGCUGGCGCGGGUAUUCUGACUUGGCUGCUACUGAGCGAGGAAGGAACCUUGACACUUCCAUUUGAACAAGCUUGGAUCUCCUCACCAGCAAUACCCCCAAGAUACAACCUCGAGCGAUCUCGUACGGUUUUCGACUUUGUCCUCAACGCUACAGGCUGUGACAAUGUAGAAUGCAUGCGCAAAGUGCCAGAGUCGACCAUCCGCACCGCGAACAAGCUGAUAAUGGGACAAGUUCCCUCUGCCGGAGGUGGAUCACUUGGACUAGACCCGGGCUUCACGCCAACGGUCGACGGAGAGCUCGUGUCAGAGCUUCCCGCUGCGGGAUUUGCGCAUGGGAAGAUUAACGAGGGCAUUAAAAAGCUGGUCGUUGCUACCACGGCUUUUGAGGGCCUUGGACUAUCCUCCGACUACGACAUGCCAUCUCGCUUCCCCGAUCUCGUCCGCGCAAACAUCCCGAACGCUUCAAGCAAAAGCAUUGCCACGCUCCUCUCAACGUACAACUUUUCGCCCGACCGGCCUGAGAAGCUAGCAUGGGACUACGUCACGGACAUCGUAUUCGGAUGUACUGCGUUGAACAUUGUACAGGCAUACCGUGAUCGCGCAAGGCAGUAUCUGUUCUCUGUACCGCCGGCAACGCAUGGCAUGGAUCUCAGCUGUGAGCCGAACCUGGACUUCUUCUACGCUGACAAUGCCACAACACCGGUGGUGAACCUUGAAACGGCCUUGUCUUCUGAGAGCUACUUGCUGCAAUUCAUAUUCGGGGAGGACCUCAAGGCACUUGGACCCGAAUCGGACCUCUCCGAGUGGCCAGUUUAUGGGGAAGACGAGAUAGCUGCGAACAUCACCGCAGGAGGAUACACUUUCGGGCCGUUGGCGAAGGAGGCGCAACAGCGGUGUGCGUACAUCAAUGAGAUGUUGAUGGAUCCGCAGAGUGGUGUGUAG